UCCCCUCUCUCCCUUUUAGUUGGGACGUAUUCCACGAAAGCGUCAGGUGGAGAUUUGCUGCAAUAACGAAAAGACGAAUGUACCACGUUUGUGCUUUUGCCGUUGCAAAUUAUUUUACCAUUUAGAUCCAAAUUCACGAAUGUGCCACAUUCGUUAUUUUGGCAGUGUAAACAAUUGUGCUUUAAGAUAUUCGUGAUUAUAGUGAUCUAGGUAAAAUAUGAGUUCCCGAAUAGCAAGAAUAAUGAGAAAUUGCCAAAAAUUACAAGCUCAAGAUGAUACUAUGCGUAACGAACUGUCCUCAACAAACACCAUCGAGCAUCCAGAUACACAGCAACAAUGCAGUGAAUUAAAUCAGUACCCGUCAACAUCUCGCCUGGUUGUCCAACCUGAUGAUCUGCCUCCAGCUUUACCAGGAACACUGGAAGAAGAUUACUCGUAUGUUUCUAGAUCUUCUUCGGAUCUCUAUGAACCUUCAGGUUCGUCAGAUAUAGAAAAUGAGAGCUCAUGGGAAAGUGAUGUUGAGGAUUUUCCUGACCGUGAAAAGGUAUCUACUAAAAAAAGAGAAACGAGAAAUUAUGGAAGAAAAAUGUAAGGAAGGUUAAAAGGCUCAGAGGUGAGUCUUACAUUGGUCAUAGGGGAAUCGAGAAACCUUCACGUCCUCUUUUGCCGGUACCUUGUCUCAAUAAACCAAAA